AUGUUAUUUUUUUCCUUUUUCAAAACUCUUGUGGACCAAGAAGUCACCGUUGAAUUAAAGAAUGAUAUUGAAUUGAAAGGUACAUUGAAAUCAGUUGACCAAUUUUUAAAUUUGAAAUUAGAUAAUAUAUCAUGUAAUGACAAGACAAAAUAUCCACAUUUGACAUCCGUAAGGAACAUUUUCAUAAGAGGAUCUAAUGUAAGAUAUGUAUAUUUACAAAAGAACAUGGUUGACACUAAUUUAUUACAAGAUGCAGCAAGAAGAGAAGCAAUGAGUGACAAACGUUAA